AGUUGUUCCUAAUAAUCGGAUUAUUGAACUGCUCAAAAUCAGUUAUUAAUAUCUCUAGAAGAUGAUGAUAAUAAGAGUUUAUUCCUUCAUAUAGCCUGUUUCUUUCUCAGGAAGGAUAAAGAUUUUGCUGUCAAAAUACUAGAUAAAUGUGAAAUUUUCACUGUAGUGGGAAUCCAGAACCUUAUCGAUAGGGAUCUCUUGUCAGUACUAAACGGUCAUCUCGUCAUGCAUCAAUUGAUUCAAGAUAUGGGAAGAAAAAUUGUUCGCCAGGAGUCACUUGAGGAGCCAGGGAGGCAUAGUAGACUGUGGCGUCAUGGAGAAUCUUUUUAUGUAUUGAAAAACAAAACUGUAAGAAUCUUGAUCACUGGGGGACUUUUUCCUUUCUUUAAACCAUCUGUAGUGAAAAUUAUGGCACAAAACAUAAACUGGAAGAAUUUCUGCAUAAUUCUCAAAGAGGUCAACCGGAACGAAGCUGGAUGUCCAUUUUCUCAAGUCAUACCAUAGACAACAUGGGAGUUCCAAAUGAAGAUUUGGUAACUGACGCAUUUAUAAAAAUGUGCAAGCUAAAAUUUUUAUUGCUUAGCAAUGUACAACUCUGUGGAUGUUACAAGAAAUUUCCCAAGAAGUUAAGAUGGUUGUCAUGGCAUAGCCUCCGGUUAGAAUCCCUACCAAGUGGCAUGCCAUUGGAAAGCCUCAUUGCAUUAGACCUUCGAUACAGCAGCCUGAAACAGCUUUCGAAAGGAUCAAAGUUAAUCAGAUGUCUAAAGUUUCUCAAUCUCAGCCACUCUUAUCAGCUUAGAAGAACACCUGAUUUUUCAGAACUUCCUAAACUUGAACAAUUAAUCCUUGAACGCUGUAUAAAUCUAACAGAGGUGGACGACUCUAUCGGAUAUCUAGAGGGACUCACUCUGUUAAACCUUAAAUGGUUGUACAAAGUUGAGGAGGAUUCCAGAAGUAUUUGCAUGUUAAAAUUACUGGAGACCCUUGAUAUUUCUGGUUGCUGUAAUCUUGAAUAUGCGGCCAUGGAUUUGCCAGGCAAGAUUGCUGAUAGGAAUUGGAAUGAACCAAAUAGUAACUAGCAAGCAUGUCCUACCAUGGCAUCCCGUCCAGUGGUCGUGGCUGAGGAAGGAGAAAGUAUGUCGGAGAAUUUCCCCAAUCAGUUUUCCAGCCUCUCUAGUUACUUUGGGACUUUCUGACUGCAAUUUAGGUGAUAAUGCAUUUCUCCAUGUUGAUUUAAGCAAGCUCAAUGUUCUGAAAGACUUGAACUUUAGCGGAAAUCCAAUUUCCUGUCCCCCAGAGAGCAUCAUACAUCUUAGCAGACUUGAAAAACUGUCACUAACUUCGUGUACAAGGCUAAAAUCAAGCAGUCAACUGUCAAAUGGUGUCGACACUGUGGAUGCAAAUGAUUGUAUAUCCUUGGAGAAAGUAUGUGGCCUACCUAGUUCAUGUGGCGUACUUUACAUAAAUUGUGCUAAUCUGAUUGAGAUGGAUUCUUAUUUCAAGUUAGAACCUCUUGAAAAUGUAAAUGAAGAAAUUCUCAGAUAUUUGAGUCUGUCAAACUUGGAAAUGAUUAGAAAUGUUGCUUUUAGAUUAA